AUGGGCACGCUGUCGGCGUGUGCGCAGGACGGGGGGAAUGGAAGCUUGAAUCCGAUGUCUUUCACCGAUCAGCAUGGCAAUGUUAUUCUGGAGCGUCUGCGUUACCAGCGUGAUGCCGGCCGCUUCUGUGACGUGUACAUUGUUGUGAAGGAUCGUCAUUUUUGCGCGCAUCGCAAUAUCCUCGCGGCGUGCAGCCCGUACUUUGAUUCGAUCCUGAAAAACUCCAAAGUUGUCAAGGAACAGGUUACAGUGAACUGCCAGAAUCCAGCAGUUUUUGAGUUGUUGCUCAAUUAUAUGUACAGUGGCAGUGUUGUGAUCGAUCGCAGUAGCGUGACGGAUUUGCUCAAACUCGCCAAUAAUUUUUUGGUGACACGAGUGAAGAAUUAUUGCGCGGAGUAUUUGGGCCGUUACAUGGAUUCGGCGAACUGUCUCUCGGUAAAAGAGCUUGCAUCGAAAUAUAAUUUACCGGCGCUGUGCAAAAGCGCAUCUGAAUUUUUCGACGACAACAUCAAUAGGUGUUUGUUGGAAAGUACGGAUAUUGUUGAAUUUUCAUUAGCUCAGCUGAAUGCGUUAUUAUCCGAGCCAAGACAUGCUAAUCCGAUCUCUCCUGAUGUACACCUAAAGUUAAUUGUGCGCUGGAUUGCUCACAGCCCAACACAGCGUGACUCACUGUUCCGAGAAAUGUUGACCGCAUGCCCGUUUGCUUCGCUACAGUCCGCAACCCUGGAGAACCUGCUGGAUUACUCUCCUUUUCUGAUCAGCUGUCAAUCAGCGCGAUAUACACUGAUGCAAAUGAUGUAA